AUGUUCAAUGCCCAAUUUCAACUGUUUUGCUCGGUUUCGUUCAACGAAGGUGAAAUUUGUGUGGUCGCUUCUCGAACUGGUACGAUCUAUCAUCCAGCAUGUUUUCAAUGUGCAGAGUGCGCCACGUUGCUUGUCGACCUCAUUUACUUCUCUCAUGAUGGCAAGGUUUAUUGUGGUCGGCACCAUGCGGAACAAAUCAAGCCAAGAUGUGCCCGAUGUGAUGAAGUGGGUACCGCUGUUUCUUGA